AUGAAUGAAGAGGAUCAAGAGAAAACGGCGUUCUACACUGACCGAGGAAGUCUUUGGUGUCCUGCGAGACUCACGGAUGAAGUUGAAUCCCAAGAAGUGCGUCUUCGGCGUCACCUCCGGAAAGUUCUUGGGGUAUAUGGUUUCCCGCCGGGAAUCGAGGCCAACCCCGACAAGGUCAAGGCUAUUCAGUACAUGUCUCCACCUCGGAACCUCCGAGAAGUCCAAAGACUGAAUGGACGCCUGGCCGCGCUGAACCGCUUCUUGUCUCAAUCUGCUGAGAAGGCCCUGCCCUUCUUCAAAGUGCUGAAGAAGUCCGAUCAGUUCGCCUGGACUGAGGAGUGUCAGUCUGCCUUCGACCAGCUGAAGCAGUAUUUGCACCACCUGCCCACUCUCGCUUCACCUCGGCCCGAGGAGAAGCUCUACCUCUACCUCUUUGCAGCCAACGAGGCUGUCAGCGCUGUGCUCAUCCGGGAUGAGGGCACUCAAGUGCCAGUCUACUAUGUCAGCCGAGCCCUCCGCGGGCCGGAGACUCGUACACUCAGGUGGAGAAACUGUGCUGGGGUUAGUCCACGCAGCUCGGCGAUUGAAGCCCUACUUCCUCGCCCAUCCUAUCUCCGUCCGGACCGACCAGCCCAUUCGGCAAAUAUUGCUGGCCGAAGGCUCGGCGCCCAGCAAAUCCACGUCCGCAGUGACUCCCAACUUGUUGUGCGCCAAGUUCUUGGUGAAUACGAGGCUAAGGAUGAGACCAUGCGACGGUACCUCUCCAAGAUUCACCAACUCACCGCGUACUUCACGUAUUUCGAAAUCCAAAGAAUACCCCGGUCAGAGAAUAAGCGGGCCGACGCCUUAUCCCGGCUGGCUUCCACCUCAUUCUCUGACCUCAACAAGACGGUCUUGGUGGAAGUGCUGGAUGAACCAGGAUACGUGGAAGAGGUGGCCUGCCCCAUUCACUCUGAAGAUACCUGGAUGACCCCAUUCAUCCUUUUCUUGAGUCAGGGAACCCUUCCCGAAGACCGAACCGAGGCGAGGAAGAUACAACGCAAGGCUGCUCGGUAUGCACUCCGUGAUGGAGAACUGUAUAAGCGCUCCUACCUUGGCCCCUGGUUGAGGUGCGUCACCCCCGAGACCGGACGUCAUGUCCUCCACGAAAUCCACGAAGGUCUGUGUGGAGCUCACGUCGGCCACAGGAUGUUAGCCAAGAAGACUAUGCUCCUUGGAUACUUCUGGCCAUCACUUCGGCAAGACUCCCAGGACCUUGUCAUCAUCUCGGACAAUGGGAGACAGUUUGCCGAGAACCCCUUCAAGACCUGGUGCGAGACCCUCGGCAUCAAACAACACUUCACUUCGGUAGGCCACCCUCAGGCCAAUGGUCAAGCAGAGAACUUCAACCGAACUCUCCUACACGGUCUCAAGACCCGACUACACCGAGUUGGGUCAUCUUGGGUGGAUGAACUCCCCAGUGUCCUGUGGUCGUACCGGACCACGCCGAGGUCAGCGACCCAAGAGACCCCAUUCUCCCUGACCUACGGCGCCGAGGCUGUCAUCCCGGCUGAGAUCCUUACCCCCAGUCCUCGGCUGGCAGCCUAUGCCGCCGAGGUGAACGACGAAGAGAGGCAGUUGGAUCUCUACCUCGUCGAAGAACGAAGGGAGCUCGCCUCAGCCCGGAUAGCUUCUUACAAGAACACACUGGCACACUAUUACAAUGCCCGCGUCAGACACCGUAGAUUCUAA